AUGGUUUCCGUUAGAGAUCCGAAAUGUCAUAGCAGAAUAAACAUGCUAGUUAUCUGCUUCUGCUUGUUUACACUUCUUGAUUCAACGUUUGCACUUUGGCUCAAUCACGGAAGUGACAAUAGUAACAGUAGGUAUGAUAACGGGGAAGUGCUCAUCAACCCAAGGAGGGUGUUAAACAUGCGACAAAAAUGGUCCUUUUUCGCCGGUAAAGACAUCACUGCAACUCCUGCAGUGGCUGAUGGAAGGAUCUAUUUUCCAUCAUGGAAUGGGUUUCUGUACGCUGUGAAUGCAUUCACAGGCGCGUUGAUAUGGAAGCAGAAUCUCAGACAGCUAACUGGACUAAAUGGCACAGGAGUCGUUGUGAAUGUGACUGUGUCGAGAUUUACCCCAACAAUAGCUGGUAACCUCUUGAUCGUUGGUAUUUAUGGACCUGCUGUUGUGAUUGCUGUGAAUCAUUUGGACGGGAGGCUUGUCUGGUCAACUCAACUAGACCCACGCCCUCGAACUAUGAUCACUAUGUCUGGCACCGUACUCUUAGGGUCAUUUUAUGUAGGGGUGUCAUCUCUGGAAGAAGGUUUACCAGCUUCUCAGUGCUGCACUUUCCGUGGCAGUGUAGCAAAGCUAGAUGUUAGAACUGGUGCAGUCAUAUGGCGGACUUAUAUGCUACCGGACAACGGCGGUAGAUUGAACGGUUACUCAGGAGCUGCAGUAUGGGGAAGCAGUCCUUCUAUAGAUGUGCUGCGGAGACAUGUCUAUGUAGCAACUGGGAACCUCUACACAGCUCCACCUGAGGUGCUUGAAUGCCAAGAGAGACAGAAUAACCAGACAGGAACACCUACACAGCCUGACCAGUGCACCGGUCCAGAUAUCCACUUCAACUCAAUCCUAGCAUUGGAUCUUGUUACCGGCAGGAUUGUAUGGUCUAGGCAGCUAGGUGGUUACGACAUUUUCUACUUUGCUUGUUUGAUACCGAACAACCCCGACUGCCCACCAGGACCUAAUGAUGAUGCUGACUUUGGAGAGGCACCGAUGAUGCUUACCAUACGCCCUAACAGAACAAGACGCGAUGUUGUGGUGGCUGUGCAGAAGAGUGGGUUUGCUUGGGCUCUAGACAGUAACGAUGGAAAUAUUGUCUGGUUCAAGUCAGCAGGACCAGGUAGCAAUGAAGGAGGUGGGAUAUGGGGUGCAGCCACAGAUGGUAAAAGGGUGUACACGAACAUUGCCAAUGGCCAACGACAGAGGUUCACUCUAGCACCAUCAAACCUAACAACAACAGCCGGAGCAUGGGUGGCUCUGGAUUCGGAUACCGGGAAGAUUCUGUGGACAACCGCAAACCCAAGCAACGACAGUGCUCUGGGACCUGUUACAGUAGCCAAUGGUAUUGUGUUUGCUGGGUCUAUAGCUUCAAAUGGUCCUCUAUAUGCCAUGAAUGCGACCACCGGAGAGAUUUUGUGGUCAACUAUUACCGGUGCUUCAAUAUACGGGGGCGUUUCAGCAAGCUAUGGGUGCAUUUACCUAGGAAAUGGGUACACAGUUGGCCUGGCUAAGUUUCAUCCUACAUGGACUGGUGGUACUUCACUGUUUGCUUUAUGCGUUGUAUGA